AUGCCUUUCCAGCCUUAUGAGGGCAGACUCUCUGAACCCACAGAAGAGAAUGUUAAAGCUGCCAGGGAUGGAAAAUUACAGGUUUCACUAUCAUGGCUACAUGAAAGGGUGCACUGUAAGAAGGAAAAUGCUCAUCCAGUCACUGGGUCUACUGAGCACUAUGUGCUAUAUGAUCGAUUCCAUGAGAAGAAUGCCACUGAUCCAAAGGACAUACUGCGCAGGAUCCAACUUGUCCCUGAGCUGAAAGGAUGGUUUAAUAGCCAAGUUGCUGAGCAGUUCUUUGCCAAAAUGCGCAAAAGUAACUACUUCUUCAACAACAUGGCUCCAUCAACCCAUGUAUUUCUUAUGAGAAGUGUUAUCCAUCAUCAUAACACCUCCACAAAUAAAGCACUUCUGGAGAAGCAGUUAAAUACUGGACGCCGACUGGAGCUUCUGAGCACCAUCACCCUAUCUGCUUUGGGACAAGCUGUCAUAGCCCAACAGUCGGAUGCAUCAAAACGUCAAAGCACAACUGUGGUGGCCCAGUCAUCUUCAGCAACAGAAGUUGGCCAUUGUGGGCAGCAUUGUGCAACACUUACGGCCAUCAGCAACCUUAGGCCCUGCAGAACAUCAUGGGCAGCUAGAGGAGAUCAUCCCCUCCAAGAACAACUGAUCAGCUAUGUCCUGGAUGAGCGUAGGCCUGUCAAAGAAAUAAUUAUUAAAGAUGGUCCCACGUGUUUGACCAGGGAGAAUCUGAUAACUUUAGGGCUAAACCGAUUUAUGGACUCAAUGGUGGGAAAUGCCUGUUUGAGGCUUGUGAAGGAGAUGGUCGAUUUACAGGGGAAAAAUGUCUUUAUUAUCAGCCUCCACAUCCCCCCAACAUGGCUCCCACCCUUGAAUUGUGACCCUCUAUGCAGUCUUCCUGUCGACUCCACAGAGAAAGAUGCACUUGUUUUCCCGCUGUGGACACAAGGGCAUUUUAUGCUAUGUGUGAUGAUGCCACUCAAAAGAGAAAUACUGUUCCUCCAUUCGCUGAAUACCCAGCGAAAGCAAAGCUUUGGUCACAAGCCCUACCGAGACAUCUUGAGGUUACAACAGGAUGAUAUAUUUCGGCAGUCAUGUUCCCCUGACUUGCCCAUGUUAAUACAUCUAUUCUUGGCGGUCACGUUCCCCUGGCUUGCCUAUGCUAAUGCAUCUUCCGACAGUCACGUUCCCCUGACUUGUCCAUGUUAAUGCAUCUACUCUAGGCAGUCAUGUUCCCCUGACUUGCCACGGCUGUUUGGAUGAACUCUGCAUAGUUAUAGAGUUUCCUCACGUUCAGAGGAUGUAAGCAUUGUUGGCAUUUCAUGUUUAACUAAAUGUUCUGCAUUUCUGAAACUGUUUGUGCUCCCCAGCUGAAUUCUACUGUGUACACUUAUAUUUAAAGUAUUCUUUAUUUUUAUCAGGGCUGUUGCACAAAAUCUCAUUCCUGGGCCAUGGAAAGAACAGUCAGCCCUGGAUGUUGAGGGGCUACCCCUACAACAUUUUGGGAUUGACUGUGGAGUAUUCAUGAUUAUGG